AUGGACGCCCCAGAAGCAGAUGUCGACAUCAAACUGCAGAAGAUCUCGGCAGAUCUUCUAGAGGACUUUGACCGCUCUCUGCCCCAUUUCCUCUGGAAGCCUGAUGGUCACGGAGGCACAGUAGUCCGCUCAAGGGUGCGCGCAAAGGAGAUAUUCCGACUGACCAACUCUAUCCUGGACCAAUUUCAAGAACUCCCUCAGCUGUUGGAUCCGUACCUCCCAAAAUGGAUUCCCCUCCUAGCUGAGGUGUUUCUAAAGCACCUGCAAACUCGCCACCGUGGGAAGACACUUUCAUCUCGUUCUAAACUCUUGGUCUCUGUCGAGUUUGCCAUAUGCAAGAUCCUGUACACUUUUUGCAAGAUCCGUGGCGAAAAAGUCAUCGUGCGCUUUCUCAACGUCGAGGCCAAGUAUCUAGAGUUGCUACUUAUUGCCAUCGAAGAGUCCGAGCAAACCUCUGCCGAUGAUGUUACUCUCGGAAAAUGGUCGUGGGAGGAGCGCUAUGUCGUUCUUCUAUGGCUCUCACAUCUCCUACUUGCUCCCUUUGACCUCUCUACCAUAUCAUCUAUCGAUCUACAAGAUGUUACAGCACCGGAUAUUCCGGGCAUGGCUUGGCCUGAGAACCUCCCUGCUAUUACUGUUCGCAUGAUCCCACUUGCUAUCAAGUAUCUAAGUACUCCCGGAAAAGAGCGAGAUGCAGCAAAGGCUCUCUUGGUAAGAAUGGCGAUUCGACGUGACAUGCAACAACUCGGUGUGCUCAAGAGCCUCAUCGACUGGUCUCUAACAUCACUUCGUCCACGCAAGGACCAACCUCUUCAAACGACAUACUUCUGCCUCGGAGUUUUGUCCUUCCUUGCUGGUGUCUUGAGAGCAUCGUCAGACACGUCAGACAUGAACCCUUACCUUUCCACUAUUUUUUAUGCCAUUCACUCAAUUUCCGUCGGUGAGGAUGAACUCUCAAAGACCAUCAUCUCCUUUGCUCUUGCUAGAAAAAUGAUCCUUAAGGUUAUCCGAUCUGUGAUCGUAUUGCGUCUUCGCCAACCCCAGGAUGCAGCCAGCACUGAACUUACCGAGACCGCCAUUGGAUACUUGCUCGAAUCCGUAUCCGAUAAUGAUACACCUGUACGCCUGGCUGCUAGCAAGUCUCUGAGCAUCAUCACACUGAAGCUGGACCCCGAUAUGGCCUCGCAAGUUGUCGAAGUUGUGCUUGAAUCACUGAACCGAAACGUUCUCUGGACGAAACCGGCUGGUGGUAAACCAGUCAGGGAUUUGUCCGCCGUGAAUAACCUCGAGUGGCACGGCCUGAUGCUUACACUCUCACAUCUAUUGUAUCGACGAUCUCCGCCGACUGAGCAGCUGUCCGAUAUUGUUCAUGCCCUACUCUUGGGCUUGUCAUUCGAACAAAGGAGUAUGGCUGGAGGGAGCAUUGGAACCAACGUACGUGACGCUGCCUGUUUCGGUAUCUGGGCUUUGGCGCGCCGAUAUACGAGCGACGAACUUCUGGCGGUUCCCACGCACUCUGUCUUUGCAGCAAAGGCUCACCCAGAGACGAGUUCCAUUAUCCAGGUUCUAGGGACAGAACUCGUUGUGACUGCUUCACUUGACUCUGCUGGAAAUAUCAGGCGUGGUGCAUCCGCAGCUUUGCAGGAACUUAUCGGACGGCAUCCUGACACCGUUGAACAAGGUAUUUGGGUAGUGCAGACGGUCGACUACCACUCUGUCGCGCGACGUUCUCGAGCGAUCGAGGAGGUAGCCGUUAAUGCGACCCGGCUAUCGAGCCAGUACGGCGAAGCCAUCAUUAAUACUCUUCUAGGCUGGAGGGGUAUCGGCGACCUUGAUGCUGGCUCAAGACGUGUGACAGGUGCCGCUUUUGGUGUUCUUACCUACGAGCUUUCAGAUCUCAAGACAGGCAAUUCGCUUGCUAGAUUCAAAACCACCGCCCAACUGCUGACUGAGCGUCUCAAGUCGCUUCAGCCACGUCAGGUUGAGGAGAGACAUGGCCUGUUGUUGUGUUUCGCAGCUGUCCUCGACAAGUUCCCUGCUCUGCUCCAGAAAGAAACAGAACAGGAUAACUCGUCUCUGACUGAUGAGAUACUCUCGACAGUGUCAGGUUUGUUGGAGAAUUUACAGUCGACUGCCUAUCGGAAACCAGAGCUACUAGCUGAAGCAGCAAGCCGUCUUGUCGUUUCAGCUUUACCUGUCAUGCAGACUGUUGUUCUCGGCGCAAAGCCCCAGUUAACCCUUCGACCUGGGCAAGAGCUCGUCCAACCCGACAACACGGCUGAAUAUACGAGUCUAGUACCUGAGCUCGAUUCUUGUAACAAAGAUCAAAGUGCAACAGUAGUGCGGCUGGUUUCGGCACUGCGAGCUAUUGUUCCCACAUGGCUGAAUCGUAGUGAGCAAGAGACUAUCGAGCCGACUGCUUCCGCGUCACUGGUUCUACUGCUAUUCUCGUCAUCAGCCGAGAGAAAAGCGCUCAUAGGCGAAUGGGCGGAGAUUGUUGCGCGUCGCCCUACAAGCCGGACUGCUGUGCAUGGUAAUGGCUACUUUUCAGCACUUACAAUUGCGCAGCCGUUGGUGGACUCAUCUGAGGAUAGGGCCUGCCAGGCACUCUUGGAACGAUGGGCAUGGGAUACCGAGAUUGAUACUCGAGUGGCUAUUUUGCAGAGUCUAACACGCAGUAGUAUUCUACACAAAAAGCCUCUAACAUUUUUACAGCUGAUUGCUGAAGGGCUGAACGAUUAUACUACGAAUGCCCGGGGAGAUAUUGGAUCACAUGUCCGUGUCCAGGCUCUCCGAGCUGUUAGGGUACUAUGGGAUCAACUGAAUGAGGUUGCAGUUGAGAGCGAAUGGGUGGAAGCAUCUGUAAAGGCGCUCUUCUUCAGUACUCUUCGUCUUUCUGCCGAAAAGCUCGAUCGCGUCCGUCCUGAAGCCCAAGCUGCUGUGGCCCUGAUCUUAGAAGAAAGUUACGCAAAACCCUUUCUCGAACUCACGUUUUCUUCGAAAACCUACUUCUACAGUCUGCUGAACCUGCAUACUGGGGUAGGUCUCCGGCCACUGCUUCACAAAGUAGCAAAGGAAGAUACGGACCAAUGGAUGGCGGAACUUAUGGCUGGUUUCGUUGGAUCCGCAGACACAGGCAACGAAGACUUGAUCAUUGCGAGUCGAGCAGCGCUCUGUGGCUUUUGUGAAGCCAAUAACGAUAACCUAGAUCUUGUCUGUCACUCUUUGUUGCAGAACCUGAAAACUCGGCAGCGGCAAGAUAGAGUUGUCGUACCGACUCUGGAGGUCGUUGCAUUCCUUUUCCACGUGCAACUCUUCCAAAAGAGUACUGUCGAUCUCCGCGGUCUAUGCUUGCAGACCCAGAAGGCGGGAUACAAGACAGGUAACGUGCGCAAGCUGGAGGCAUGCGUCAAAGUCUACACCGGCGUUGCAUCGAUGCUUGGCCAAGGAGGUGCCGAGCCAGGAGCCCAGGAAGCUAGAAAGCGCCUGGGAGCUUUGUUGCACCACCCCUGGCCCAAGGUUAGGACUAUGGUGGUAGAUGGACUCUGGGGUGUGCUUGGGGAACGAAAGGAGGCUGCAGAUAAGUUGACAGGUGUAGACUGGGGUCAAGCAGGAAAGUCACAGAUCAAAACUGCAGUCGAGGAGCUAGGGCUAUGUUAG